UCUGGGGGUAACUCUUCUUGAUAUCCGAACGACAUGAUUAAGAAAUAUCAUAGCUUGACUCAAAAAUAUGGCAGAUGAAAAUGGGACGUACGUAAUUUAGCAACAAUUUCCCCAGCUUACCCCCAAACAAAUAUGGCGGAUUUGUUGCGAAGAAUUGUCACGUGACUGUGACGUCAUGCCGACAUCGAGACAUUAACAAUAUCCAAUUGCAGUGGGCACAGAUAUACACACCGAAACACCCUCAUAUGGAUACUACUGCUAAAAGGGAAGAAUCCUUUAAACCAUCCUGGCCACACGACUUUGUUAUGCAGACUCCACGUCAGCUAGCUCAGGCUGGAUUUUUCUACACAGGUGUGACGGACACUGUCCAGUGCCAUUACUGUGACGGAGGUCUUUGGGAGUGGGAACCGAACGACGAUCCAUGGACUGAGCAUGCCAGAUGGUUUCCGUUCUGUAAAUUCGUCAUCAAGAUCAAAGGCUUGCAGUUUAUUCAAAAUUCUGCUGUUCCGGAGCAGAAUGUUCCUGACGGACAUGAAGAUCUUCCUGCAGCUGUCACACAGAGAACCGCAGCUUGUGCACCAACAUUUGUGGAAGAAUGUAAAAAAAAGGAAUGGAAAAAUCCAUUGUUUUCCGCGGCAAGUGAAAGUGUGCUAUCUGUUGGGUACAGUAAAUCGACUGUCAAGGACGCCAUUAUGUUAUACAUUGAAAGAACAGGAAGACGGGAUUUCAGUGCGAAAGACUUGAUGGAAAUAGCAUUUGAAUUAGAAGAGCAAGGAAGAGCGUCGUUUUCUGAAGACAUUGAUAUCGUAUCAGACGAGGAAGAAUUUCAACUAACUCCAACGGCCAUGAAAAUGGAGAAUAGAUACCUGAAGGAGAAGUUGCUUUGUGUCACAUGCAAGGAAAGGGAGAGAUGUAUGCUCUUCAUUCCAUGUGGACACAGAAUUACAUGUGGGAUAUGUUCUAAAGAACAAAAAAUAUGCCCAGUUUGUUCGUCGGAAGUAACACGUGCAGUGAAGACAUUUUUAGGGUAGUUCUACAGUCGGUUUUUGCGAUGUAAUUGUCUGAUAUCUUAUCGUCACUGUUUUACCAAUGCACUGUUUAAUCUUUACUACGAUAUACGUUAACACCGUCCUUCGAGAACAAACCAAACAUGUCAGUUUGAUCAAUCAAGCGAAGUAACGUUUUUUACCGGUCAAGCUUACAAACUGUUGGGUUUCCAAGUUUCGGACUAAAUGUCGUGAAUUGUUAUCAAAUUUCGAACCAAAUAUUUACAUGAAGCACGAAAUAUGUCUUUUAAUGGUUGUUACGUGAAUUGGAAUACAUAUCUCUGACGAAUUUGCUGAUUAUUUUUAGACAUUAUAUAAGUGUUUACAUAUUGUUAACUAUAGAUGUCAACCAAUCUGCAUUGAUAUUAAUGAUAUCAUACAAUUACUUCGUGAAAAAAAAGAAUACUGAAAGUCAUUUGGUUCCAGCAUCGGUGACAUUUUGAUCAGAAAUGAACACUGUAUACACAGUUUCAAUCCUGAAGCUUGCUACGCACAAAGCAAUAUUAAUAUCGUGGGUUUAGUGCGGAAUGCGCAUGCGUUGAAAUAAUGUUAUAACCACUAUAUAGUUGACGCAGAGUUUUUGUACAGGUGGGUUUGUUUCUCAAUAUUGCGCUGAAAAAUAAAUCAUUUUGUUUUACGAUAACAAGUUAUACAGAUGAAAAGUAUAUUAUUUUUUAGAUGUUGGUUAAAGGUUUCAGACAUUCUCACUGUUUUGCUGUAAAUAGUAUAAAUGUUCGUUUUAUAACCAUCCUCAGAUUACAAUGGAUACUCGAUGUUUGUAUUUCAACUUUCCUGUCUCGUUGAUUAAGUGGAUCUUAGUGAUAAUUGUUUUCGUAUACAAACAUAUUGAAGGCGUGGGAAAUCGGAACUGCCACGCAUUCGUGUGUCACGGUGGAGGUUUCUUACAUGCAAAUAUGUUAUAACAUUUGUAUCUUCAAUUAAUCAUUUACAUAAAAUAAAUGCUAUAAAAUUUUAUACUUUUUUCAAAUAAAUACAAUAUUUAUCUAGCCAUUUACCAGAUAAUCGUCUGUGCAUAAAAUACCAUGAAUACAACCCAUCUUAUAGCUGUAAAUAAUUUAAUUAUUAUCUUUCAUUUAAGAUUUCUAGAGUAUCAAUAUUACAGUUCGGUUUUAAGUCAAUAAUCAAAAGAUCUCCACAAUGUAUGCGUUUUGUGUAAGUGUUAAAUGAAUAUAAGGGUCCCUGGGAGGAUGAGUUUCGUCAAUCGAUAUGAAUGUAGUGUCAAAAUAAUGUUGACGUGAAGAUAUCGGCAAUGUCAUGAACAAGACAUUUGGAUGCUGUAUACAUUUGGUGGGUUUUGCGGCAUAAGAUAUGAGAAUGAUUUAAUUUUUGAAGAAUCGUGUGAUUUUCUGUUUUUGUUUUUUUAUCAUUUUGUAAUAUAUAUUCAAUAUCAGGUUAGAUUUUAGUUCAUCUCAAAAUGACAUUUUGAUUGCAUUAAUGGGAGUGUAUGCAUUCCUUCUUACUCUAAAACAGUGUUGUUAAAUACAAAUGUACUUUAUUUGCUGUACAUUUUGUUAUCAUUGUUACGUGUUCAUCAUAUUUAUAUGUUACGUGUUCAUCAUAUUUAUAACUUAUACAAGAAAGUAUAUUUUGAAUACUUUGUAUGAAAGGUGAUUAAAAAAUAUUUUUUACUUGU